AUUUCUCUCUUGAAUUUCAUACGAUUCCAAUUAUAUCGCAUAACUGGAAAAGAAGGGAGUACCGAACAUGAAUGCCAUUCCUUUUUUAAAAUAGACUUAUGGUAAACUUUUAUCAAACAUUCUUGUCAUAUUCCUAAUUCAUAAAACUUUUCUAGUGCACAAAAACCAAGUGCUACAACCUUGGAACUACAAAGAAAUGUCUUCUCUCUUUGUCUUUCUCUUUCUACUCUUUUGCUCCUCUCUCAAAAGCCUAGGAGCUGCAACAACCUUAGCAAGCCAGAAUAAUUCAGUUAUUGGUGACACAAUUGAUGCAAACAAAUGGAUUACAAUUGCCUCAACAGUAGUUUCAUCAGGUGGGAAUUUUGAAAUGGGGUUCUUCACACCAGGUAACAAUUCUAAUUAUUACAUAGGCAUAUGGUACAAAAAACUAAGUGUACAAACUGUUAUUUGGGUUGCAAAUAGAGAGACACCAGUUUCCAUAUAUGAAAUGGAUUUUGCACAAUUCAAGAUUGUAGAUGGAAAUUUGGUACUCCUCAAUGGUACUAGACAUACAAUUUGGUCCACAAAUAUCAAGUAUUCCACAAAUUCUAACAAUUCCCAAGUUGUAGCAACUCUAUUUGAUGAUGGGAAUUUGAUAUUGAGUAAUGGAGAUAGUAAAAAUUCAACGAAUUUUCUAUGGACAAGUUUUGAUCAUCCGUCUCACACGUUCAUGCCUGGUUCAAAAUUCGGGUACAACAAACGUACGAGGCUGAAGCAGGUCCUUACUUCAUGGAAAAGCGAGAAUGAUCCAUCACCGGGACCCUUUACUCAUGAAGUUGACAUGGAUAAGUAUAGUGGCCAAGGUGUUAAUAUGUGGAACCAUAGUGUGAUUUAUUGGAAUAGUGGACCUUGGACAGGCAACAAUUUUACAGGUGUACCAUAUCAACCAAAUCCUAUGUUUAAUUACACAUAUGUUAACAAUGAUGAUGAGGUUUAUUACAUGUACAAAUUCUUUAAUCCUGCACUUAUUUCAAGAUUCGUUAUGGAUGUCAAUGGACAAACAAAACAAUUUUUGUGGAUGGAUAGUACAAAUGCUUGGAGUGUUUUUUACACUGAUCCAAAACAAGUUUGUGAUGUUUUUGCUUAUUGUGGGGCUUUUGGUAUUUGUAAUGAACUAAACAACUCUGCUUCAACAUGUGAUUGUUUGCCUGGUUUUAAGCCUAAGUUCGAAAAAGAUUGGGGAUUGAAUAGUUUUUCAAGUGGAUGUAUGAGGAAAACAAGUUUGAAUUGUGGUAAGUUUAGUGAAAAGGACAGGUUUUGGGUGCACAAGAAUAUGAGAUUACCUGCAAAUAAUCAAACUUUGAGAGUUCAGAAUGAAGCAGAGUGUGAAAGUGCAUGUUUGGAGAAUUGUGGUUGUGUUGGUUAUUCUUAUAAUAGUGGAAAUAUUGGGUGUUUGAUUUGGAGUGGAGAGCUGUUAAAUUUGCAACAACUCUCUCAAGAUAAUGCUAAUGGAAGCACCAUUUACGUCAGGCUUGCAGCUUCUGAAUUUUCAAGUAACAAAGCAGAUGAACAUCAAAAGCAAACUUCAAAAAAGCUGAAAGUUGCCAUACCUAUUGGUGUAAUUGCUGCACUUCUCUUUGUUUCAUGCUUUACAUACAUAUAUUAUAGAAAAAGAAGAAGCUCAAAAGUCAAAGAGAGUAGUACAAAAUCUCUCAUGCAGAAUACUGAAGGAGAAGGAAAAGAAUUGAUAAAUAUUCAGGAUGAAGAUAAAGGCAAUAUUGAUGUUCCAUUCUUUAGUUUGGAAAGCAUAUUAGUGGCAACAGAUGACUUCUCAGAACAAAAUAAGCUUGGACAAGGGGGUUUUGGUCCUGUUUACAAGGGCAUAUUUUCAGGAGGAAGAGAAAUUGCAGUGAAGAGGCUAUCAAGUCAUUCUGGACAAGGCUUAAAUGAAUUCAAGAAUGAAGUAAUACUGAUUGCAAGGCUUCAACAUAGAAAUCUUGUUAGACUUUUGGGUUAUUGUUUCCAAUCAAGUGAAAAGAUUUUACUCUAUGAGUAUAUGGCAAACAAAAGUCUAGACACCUUCAUAUUUGAUCGAAGACGAUGCAUGAUAUUGGAUUGGAGUAAGAGAUUUGAAAUUAUAGAGGGAAUUGCUAGAGGACUUCUUUACCUGCACCAUGAUUCAAGAUUAAGGAUCAUUCAUAGAGAUCUCAAAACAAGUAAUAUAUUAUUGGAUGAAGAGUUAAAUCCAAAAAUAUCAGAUUUUGGCUUAGCAAGGGUUGUUGAAGGGAAAAUUACACAGGGAAAUACAAAUAAAGUGGUUGGAACCUAUGGUUAUAUGGCUCCGGAAUAUGCAAUAGAUGGAUUAUUCUCAACUAAAUCGGAUGUAUUUAGUUUUGGAAUAGUUAUACUCGAGAUCAUCAGUGGAAGAAGGAAUACCGGAUUUUUUCACCAAGAAGAAGCGUCGAACCUCUUAGGCCAUGCAUGGAGAUUAUGGAAAGAAGAUAAGGCCAUGGACUUAGUGGAUCAAUCACUACAUGAAUCAUGCAACGAAGAAGAAGCAAUCAAAUGCCUUAAUAUUGGUCUUUUGUGUGUACAAGAAGAUCCAAAAGAUCGACCCAACACAUCAAAUAUAGUUAUGAUGCUUGGUAGCGAAAAUAUUGUUUCUCUUCCGAGCCCAAAUCAACCAUCUUUCAUGACUAGAAAAUAUGCCAACAAUAACACAUCUUCUUCUUCUGCUGCUAAGUCUGAUAUUGUCUCUAACAAUGAGCUCACUGUGACCAUUGAAAUUGGUCGAUAAUUAGAUGGGAUGCCAUCAAUUUUUGACAUAUAGUAAAUAUAAUCCCUUUCCUUU